CGCCAAAGCGAUCUCUUCCCACGCAAAAAAAAAACACAUUUAUUCCUUGUUAUCGAUAGGCAAAUACAUUUCCACGAGAUACUGACGCAGAAGAGGAAGAAACAAGGAGAGUAAACUAUGGCAGCCUCACUACAAGCAGCAGCCACACAUAUGCAACCCACUAAGGUAGCUUGGGCGCCUGCCAGGACCAGCAGCCUUCAGCUCAGAUCUUCUAAGAGUGUGUCUAAGGCUUUUGGGUUGGACCCUACUAAUGCUAGGAUCGCUUGCUCCUUGCAAUCUGACCUUAAGGACUUGGCUCAAAAGUGUGUUGAUGCUACUAAGCUUGCUGGAUUUGCUCUUGCUACUUCUGCUCUUGUCGUUUCGGGAGCAAGUGCUGAGGGAGUCCCAAAGAGGCUAACUUAUGAUGAAAUCCAAAGCAAGACAUAUAUGGAAGUAAAGGGAACUGGUACAGCAAACCAAUGCCCAAGCAUUGAAGGUGGGGUAGACAAAUUUGCCUUCAAACCUGGCAAAUACAAUGCCAAGAAGUUCUGCCUAGAGCCUACUUCGUUCACUGUCAAGGCAGAAAGUGUAGCCAAGAAAUCCCCACCUGAGUUCCAAAACACUAAGCUCAUGACACGCUUGACCUACACUCUCGACGAGAUUGAGGGACCUUUCGAAGUCUCCCCUGAUGGAAGUUUGAAGUUUGAGGAGAAAGAUGGAAUAGAUUAUGCUGCUGUAACGGUGCAGCUUCCUGGUGGUGAACGUGUGCCUUUCCUUUUCACCAUUAAACAGCUGGUGGCAACAGGGAAACCAGAGAGCUUUGGCGGAGAGUUUCUUGUACCAUCCUACCGUGGUUCAUCUUUCUUGGACCCAAAGGGAAGAGGUGGCUCUAGCGGUUAUGACAGUGCAGUUGCCUUGCCCGCCGGAGGCAGAGGAGACGAGGAGGAACUAGCUAAGGAGAACAUUAAGAAUACUUCGUCAUCAACAGGGAAAAUUACCCUUAGUGUCACUGGAAGCAAUCCUUCGACUGGAGAGGUUAUUGGAGUGUUUGAGAGCGUUCAGCCAUCUGAUACUGAUCUGGGAGCAAAGACUCCAAAGGAGGUCAAGAUCCAGGGAAUUUGGUAUGCUCAGCUUGAGCAGUAGAGCUCUUUUUCCUAUAUGUAUUUGUGUAUUAAUAGUCUUGGUUCAGAUUUUACUAAAUGUUGAAAGUGUUGCUAAAACUUUUCUGUGACCCAAUUGAGUAUCAUUAUCAUCACCAUCA